CUCAAGCUUUGGCCUGCUGAUUGUUCGCGCAAGGACUCGUACCUUACUCUGUUCUCAGGCGCUUUCCAUGUUUUCUCCCACUCUUGUCUAUAAGGUUCCCCCCGGACACGAAGGGCCGACAACAAUCUGUUAAAACCCUUCCACCGACGCACGACACCCCAUCAACUAAGCUCUGCCUCAUUCCAGUGCAAAUGUCUCUCUACUUGUGCGUUGACUGUGGGGGGUCGAAGGCAGCCGCUGUGAUCGCGGAUAGCUCAUGCAAUGUUGUCGCCCGCGCUCUCGGUGGACCGUCCAACUUCGCGUACCUUGGGUUGGCACCCUUCCUGGCAGUAGUGCAAGAAACGGUUGAGAAAGCUCUGCGCGAGUGUCAAGUUUCCACACUUAAGACUGAGCUACCAGGUCAUAAUCUCCCACUGUCUCUUCCGCCUCCUGCCGGGCAUCCAUACUUCACUGCAGCCUGGCUCGGUGUCUCGGGUUGUGACUCCCCUGCCGCUGUUGCUGUGUUGACGCCUGCUGUCGAGGCCCUGCUCGGCGUCACGACACGGAUCGCAAAUGAUACGCAUUUGCUCGCUGCUCCUAUGAAGCUAUACCCCGACGUCACUGGUGCAGUUGCAGUCGUUGCCGGCACGGGUGGCAUCGUAGUCAGCUUCCGGGAAACCACACUGGCAAUGCAGAGAGUGAACAGUGGAGGCGAAAUUGGUGCAGCAGCAAGCAGCGAUAUUGUAGGCCUAGAAGAAUUGGGUCGAGUGGGUGGAUGGGGUUGGAUCUUGGGCGAUGAAGGUGGUGGAUUCCAUGUGGGACGGGAGGCUGUCCGUCAGGUUCUUGAAGAAGCAGAUCGUGCUAGUAUAAGGCAAAGAACGACUGGGACGACUGGCGCGCCGGAGUUUAAUGGAAAGCUACGGGGACUGAAGAAUCGCAUUUUGCACCGCUUUGGCGUUGAUGACGUGCACGAAUUGCUUACAAUCAUUCAUCUGCCUGAUCCCGUCGCUCUUCCCACCCCGGCGUCACCAGCUCCGACGCCAAAUGAUACGGCUUCGCCGAACGCUGUUCCUGCCGCCGAGCCGAACCCCAUUCUCUUCCCGCGCGAGAAACGUCUCUCUUCGCUGUCUCCACUCGUAUUCGCCGCUGCUUUCGAAGACCGAGACCCUCUUGCUCUCAAGGUUCUUCAAGCUGCGAGUAGUGCGCUGGUUGAUCAAAUCUGCAUCCUAUUGAAGGGAGAGAAGGAGGAAAGUGAGGGACGGACGAUCCGCGCCUCCGAGAGUAUCCUGUGCCUUGGCGGGUCGUUGUCUGGAGUAGACUCUUACCGCGCGCUCAUUCUGGACGAGCUGAAGCGCAGAGGGUUCGUAUUCAAGCGCGUGGAGGUUGUGAACGAUGCCGCUGCGGUAGGUGCAAGAGCUUUGGCAUUGGGCAUGAAUUCACAGAAAAUGUAGUCUGUGGUGGACGUUUCGGACAUUAUUCUAUUGUACACGGGGAGAUUAGCCUUGGAAAGUGCUUAUAUCUACUCGGGUUACCAUGAUGUACUUGCGUGACUUUCCACACGAAAAAGAGGGAUCUUCACAUGCCAGAUGAAUACACUUGUUUAUGUUCUGCCUCGCGACUCGAUG